GAGUUCUCCUCUGCUCCGAUUUUGUCGUGGUGCAAGGACACCGCAAUGCCACCGACCACGAAUACCGAUUCAGAUCAGCUAGACAACGGGAAGGAUAAAGGUCUGGCAUGUCAGUCUUGUCGGCGCAAAAAGACCAAAUGCGAUCGAGAACAGCCAUGUGCACAGUGUGUUCGCUUCGAUGUGAUUUGUACAUACGACGAUUACCGUUUGAAACCUGGUCUCCGAGCUGGAGCAGUCGAGCGACUGCAGCGUCGCGUGGAGACGCUGGAAAACAUGUUCAUCGGACAAGGCAUGCUCUGGCAAAAGAUCUGGGAUGCUGUCAAUCCAUCCUUGCAUGAAGGUCGGUCUGAAAGUACCAAGCCUGCAGACAAGAGCCUUGGCCGGUUAUGUGACGAAGUAAAACAGUCAUUGUUGCGUGAAGUGACGGAAGCAGCAGCAAGUCGAAGGUCGCUGGGUUUGGAUCGGAGCAUUGACGAAAUCGACGAGAUUGAAAAUGAACCAGAAACACGGCCAGAGCAAAGUCCCGCCAAACGAAGGAGGUUGGAUUCUCAGGCGAUGUCCAAAGAGCAACCUCUUGACCCAAUGCUGGAAGUAGUCUCUCCUGCCUCCAAUGGUCUGCCUUCUCGGAGCGUAAUGCUGGAGCUAGUCGAGUUCCAUUUCGCGAAUGUUCACCCCUGGAUUCCGAUCCUCCAUGUGAGAAGAUUUCGCGAACAACUGCAAAUAUUCGAAGGCUGGGAAAAGGCCAUCCACAUUCUGCAUGCUAUCGUGGCGACUUGUAUCCGCUUCACAAAUCAUCCUGACGCAGGUAGCAUUGAGUCAAGAACACAGAUGGCCGCUGCUAGUCGGCAACGAGUGAUACUCAAGAGCAUGGAAUCAUUCUCAGUUGAGAAUUUGCAAGCAUUGGUCAUAAUUGCCUUCGAUACGAUUGGUAGCGGUCGCGGACCCUCAGCGUGGUCAAUUGUUGGAAGCAUGACUCGAACCGUUGAGCAGCUGCAGUUGAGUGUUGAGGACUGUCGAGAUGACGAGGCAGGAAACGGUGGAGGAGAGUACCUGAUCAGACGCAUGGUGUUCCUGAAGCCCACGCAGCACUGGUGGCAAGCUGAGGAGCGAAGACGCGUAUUCUGGACUGUCUUUCUAAUGGACCGUUUCUGCAGUGUAUCGACCGGAUGGAACCUCGGCCUUACUACUGCAGACGUCCGACGGCGUCUGCCUUGUGAAGGAGCCUUGUGGGAGAGAGAGCAAGAAGUACGCACGCCACUAUUUGGGAUAGCAGAUAAGGCUGGUCUCGUCCCCAGUGGAGCAAAUCCACAAGACCCCGAGCCCGAGCAAGACGCCAUCGGUGGGUUUGCGUAUGCCAUCGAGGCCACUGAAUCGCUUACUCUAGUCAUCAACUUCUUCCUACGUCAUGCGCUUGACCUGCAAGACACGCAAAAGACACAGCUCUGGCUGAUGAAAUUCAAAGAGCUCGACCUGCGUCUCGUACAGUGGAAACUGUUCCUGCCGUCCAAAUGGCGAUCAGCCUCCGUCCUUAACGCAGAUGGCAUCAUGGAUCCCAAUCUCACUCUGGCACAUUUCACCCACAACACAGCGGUAAUACUACUCCACCAGAGUAUUGCUUAUCCGCCAACGCACUGGAAAAGUUGUUCCGUGCGGUUCCCGUCUGUCAGCUCAGCAGAAACGUGUCUUGAAGCUGCCUCGGAAAUUGUUACUGUGGGUAGCCAGUUUCUCGAGCACUCGUCGAUUCUCGCCAAUCCUCAAUUUUCAUUUUGUCUCUUCAUUGCGGGACGAAUGCUCUUUACGCACUCCAGAUACGUCAGGAUCCCUCUGUCUGACCAGCUAGAAAGCAUCAUAUCGAGCUUACUCGAAAUAUCGCGACGCUGGGCGGGCUCCAGUACUUCAAACAAUGAGAACCUCGCCUCUGUCUUUGCCAAGAGACUCAUGAAUGCCAAGCAACAAUCACACUCCGCCACUUCACCCCAUACAAGCCUCGAUAUUCGACAGACAGUAUAUUCAGACAACCCUGAUCAAAGCGAUUCAAUCCCGACAGGGGGUUCAAGAAGGGCUAGUCGCGCACAAAAAGACAUAACCGAGAACUCUCUUGGAGGACAGCCUGCCACCGGUAACCAAGGCUCACGGGACGCCAUCUUGAAUGGAGUCUCGCCCUCUGGCUCGCUAUACGAUGCCCUCAGUCUCGCCUAUCCGCCCCUUCCUCUAUCACUGCAGGCGCAAUACGCCCCUUUGACGGAAGGACACAUUAUUGACCCUGCUUUGCUAGGCACGGAGCCUCACGACUCGUCUUAUGACAUUGAGUCGAUGUCAGCGUUACAUAAUUCUCAAUUCUGGGAUCAAAUCCCACAGUAGACUAUGUAGCCUUUUACGUAAUUUGGCCGUUGAAAUGAUCUUCGGACCAUCUACGCUUCUCAUUGGCCAAAAUCCUACUACUUC